AUGUUAAAUGAAUUAAAAAAUUAUAAAAAAGUUAGAAAAUUUAAAUGCAUUGAAGUUAUUGAAUUUAUUGAUGAAGAUACAGGUGAAGUUGUAGAUGAAGAAAUAAUAAGAAAAGUUAAACCAAAAAUUUUAAUAUCUAAAAAUAAAAAUAAUAUAGUUAACUAUAUGAAAAAUAUUGUUAGUAAGAAGGCAUUCACAAAACCAACAGAAAAUAUUUUUCCUACAUCAACAGAAAGAUCAGAAAUUAAAAUUUUUAAUAAAAAACAUCCUAAACAUUUGUCAAAUGAAUAUUUUACAGUAAAAGAUAACUUAGCGUUAGAAAAAUUAAUUGGAAAAAAAUAUUCCGAAGGAACUAGUGAUAAUAAAAAUGAAAAUAAAGAGAUUAUCUAUAAAAAAAGUAAUUAUUUAAAAAAUAAAUAUUCAAAUUAUGAAGACUUUUAUAAUAGAAGAAUUUAUAAAACAAAUCAUGUUUCAAAAAGUAUUGAAGAUGAUAAGAAAAUAAAUAAUUUAAACGAAAUUGUGAUACCAGUUGCAAGUCACUCCAAAAACUAUACUGAUUCUAAUUUAAUUUCUUCAAAAAGUAUUGAUAAAAAUAAUAAUACUAUUAUUGAAGAUAAAAAAUUAAUUAAUAAGACAUAUGAUAUACCAGAAUCUCCUCCAUAUAUACCUCAAAGACCAGAACAAAGUUAUUAUUCUGAAUAUUAUCAAAAAGAGAAAAAAUAUAAUCAUGACAAAAACUUGAAUACUCGUGUAUAUGCAAAGUCAAAUUAUAAAAAAAUUACUGAAGAUGGUGUUAUUGAAAAAAAUAUCAUUUUUACAACACUAAAACCAAUUAUUACAUCGUCAAAUUUUUUUAUGAAUCAAGCGCCAUUAAAUUUUCCCAAACAAUAUAAUACUACUAAUUUAAAAAAUGUAACAAAUAAUGAAGAACAGUCUUCAAAAAAUAAUUUAAUAAUGACAAAAGAAAAUUGCCAAAAAAUGAAUUAUUUUUCAAAGACAUUUGGUAUUAAAGAUGUUCAAAAAUGGGUAAGAAAUAAUUGUUUUUUUGUGCAAUUUUAUUUACCACAAGCAACAUGUCAAGAUAUAUAUAUGUUUGUUGAUUCAUGUUUUAAAAAAUUUUUCCUAAAAUAA